CACGGGUUGAAGUAGGCGUUAUUCAUGCAAACACAAUAUUUGACACUAUAUAUGAUUUGUGUCCUCAAACAGGAAGGAAGUCCACAAGAAUUCACCAGUCUCCUGGCCUGCAGAGAAGACAGAAACAUGAGCACAGCAGGAAAAGUAAUAAGAUGCAAAGCAGCUGUGCUUUGGGAGCUGAAGAAACCCUUUUCCAUUGAGGAGGUGGAGGUCGCACCCCCCAAGGCCUAUGAAGUUCGCAUUAAGAUGGUGGCCACAGGAAUCUGUCACUCAGAUGAACAUGUGGUUACUGGGGAUUUUGCCAUAAUACUUCCUGCAAUUGUAGGACACGAAGGAGCUGGCAUUGUGGAGAGCAUUGGCGAGGGGGUGACUGCAGUCAAACCAGGUGAUAAAGUCAUCCCACUGUGUCUUCCCCAGUGUGGAACAUGUGUCGUUUGUAAACACCCAGAAGCCAACAACUGCGUGAGAAUGCGUGUGACCAACCCUCGGGGGACCAUGCAGGACGGCACCACCAGGUUCACCUGCAGAGGGAAGCCCGUCUACCACUUCUUCCACACCAGCACCUUCUCUGAGUACACAGUGGUGGAUGAGAUCUCAAUAGUCAAGAUCGAUGCAGCUGCACCGCUGGAGAAAGUCUGCCUCAUUGGCUGUGGAUUUACUACUGGUUACGGGUCUGCAGUCAAAGUUGCCAAAGUCACCCCGGGCUCCACCUGUGCUGUGUUUGGUCUUGGAGGAGUCGGCUUGUCUACUGUCCUGGGCUGUAAGGCAGCUGGAGCAGCCAGGAUCAUUGGGGUGGAUAUCAACAAGGACAAGUUUGCAAAGGCCAAAGCACUGGGUGCCACUGACUGCAUCAGCCCCCAGGACUUCCAGAAACCCGUCCAUGAGGUGCUGACGGAAAUGAGUGGGGGUGGUGUGGACUUUUCCUUUGAAGUCAUUGGUCGGAUCGAUACCAUGCUUGAGGCGCUGUUAAGCUGUCAUGAGGCAUUUGGUGUAAGUGUCAUAAUAGGGGUGCCUCCAGGUUCCCAAAACCUCUCGGUGGACCCUAGGUUGCUGUUGAACGGACGCACCUGGAAAGGGGCAGUUUUUGGUGGCUUUAAGGGUAAAGAUUCCAUCCCUGAACUUGUGACUGAUUUUAUGGCCAACAAGUUUCCACUGGAUCCGUUAAUAACCACUGUUUUGCCUUUUGGAAAACUCAAUGAAGGAUUUGAUCUGCUUCGUUCUGGAAAGAGGUGGAUUAUUUUCUCUCUCUUAAUGUAUCCGUACCAUCCUCAAAUUUUGAGACCUGUUAGAUGCCUUCAGCCAUACACAACUUCUGACUGUCUCAUGCCCUCCUCAUCUAGAACACUAGACCAAAACAGCAUGAAUCUUUCCUUACAAGAUGUAAAUAAUAUAUCAGUAAACAUAUAUCAAUAAAUAUACAUGGGAACAUUCCAUAAGAAACAGAAA